UCUACAGGCAUCGUCAUGAGUGACCCCUUCCUACACUAUCAAUCACUCCUCAAAGUCAACUACUUUCGUCCCGACGACUCUCAGCUACGAGCCGUCAAGGAACUCCAAAAGCUCUAUAGACGCAUUGAUGGGUAUGUCCCACCGGUUGAUUUUGCUCGCAAGAUCAAGCAAGUUGAGAAACUCCUUCGAAAGAGCCCAACCAUCAAUCCUGUUCGCAAGUUUCUAUCAAGUGCAAGUGAUGGUGCACUUGUCAAGCAACUCUCGUGGGAAGAGGAAUUGCUCAAUAUCGAUAGUCCAAAAGGCUUGAUGUUAUCAGGAUCCGUGGGCACGGGCAAGAGUAUGCUCAUCGAUAUUCUCUUACCGAUGAAGAAGAGAUGGCACUAUAAUGCUUUCAUGCUUGAACUCUUUGCUCGUCUCAAUCGAGAACGCGACGAUGAAUACAUCUUGCUCAAAAUUGCCUACGAACUCAUUGAAGAAUCUCCCAUUCUCGCCAUUGAUGAGUUUCAACUAGGAGAUCCAGCAUCAGCUCGCAUACUCAAGGGUGUGCUCAUCUACUUUUGGAAAAUGGGAGGUGUGCUCAUUUGUACAUCCAACCGAAUGCCCGAAGAUUUAUACUCUGGCUCGUUUCAAGCAGAACAGUUCAAGUCAUUCACAGAACUCCUAUCAACACGCUGUGUUGUCCAUGACAUGCGCAGUGGUCGAGACUUCAGAAAGGAAGUCACAGAUCAGCUGGCCAUGUAUCACGCACCAAAUCAAGAAACACGACCGAUGGAGGAAGUUGUUGCAGAGCUCAUGCCUUCACCUACCUCUACAACCAUCAAUAUUCACUCGAGGACAGUCGCCAUUCCCGCGCAACAGGAUGGGGUUGUCAAAUUUGACUUUUCUUACCUUUGUGAAGCUGAUCUGGGUCCUGCAGACUACAUCAGUAUUGCAUCAAAAUAUACGACGAUCAUACUCGAUAAAGUUCCUAUCUUGAUGCUCAACAAGAAGAAUGAAGCGCGACGAUUCAUUUCUCUGAUUGAUGCCUUGUAUGAGAGCAAGUGCAAACUUCUCAUCAGAGCAGAAGCAACACCUGACCAGCUCUUCUUUCCAGAAACAGGUGGUAUGGCGAGCACAGAUUCGAUUGCUAGUGAAGCGUUUUCAGAGACAUACUACGAUGUGACGAAUCCCAACAGACCUAAUGUCUCUAGUUAUGCAGCGACCAAGCCCGAGGAUCAACGAGAUGCUGUUCAACAGGCCAUGCCCAAACAAGAUUUCGGAAGGUUGAACGCAUUCACUGGUCAAGAUGAGCAAUUCGCUUUUGGCAGAGCUGCAUCUCGUUUGUAUGAAAUGACAAGCAAAGAAUGGUGGGAUAAAGUGCAGCAUUUGCCAAAUGAAGCGGAAGAACGAACAUGGGAGUUGACGUUGUCAGAUCGAACGCGCCUGGGAGCCAGGGAUGGGAAGCGCCCGAUUGAGUUCAAGCAUGGUGCAUCGCCAUUCAGGGUCCAUCCACAGCCUCCACCCCGGUUUUCCAUGGAGCAUUUCUGGCAGAUGGUG